AUGAAGCUUGUUAGCAAAGAAGAUGGAGGCUGCUAUGGUUGGAUUAUUGUUCUAGCAUGUCACUGCGUAGAAGCUGUUAUGUUUGGAAUUCAAGUUGGCAUGGGAGUAUUCAUGGUGGAAUUCAUGGAAUACUUUGGAGAAGGAGCCGGAAGGACAGCACUAAUCCAAUCAAUAAUGAUCGGCUGUAAGACAUUUCCUGCUCCCUUGAUCAGCAGCUUGAAAAAUAAAUUUGGCACCAGACCAUUGGUUAUUAUUGGUGGUGUGUUAUCCAGUGGUGGUAUAUUAUUGAGUUCAUUUGCCAACAGUGUUAAUGUGUUACUAUUUAGUUACAGUGUUAUUGUAGGCAUUGGAUAUGGAUUGAUUUACGGGCCAAGUAUUCUUCUGGUAGGACAGUAUUUCCAUAAACGUCAUGCCCUAGCUAAUGGAAUUGCACAAUCAGGUGUUGCCGUCGGUGUAAUGACAUUCCCACCUCUGUAUCAGAUAUUAAUUGAUAAGUAUGGAUGGAGAGGGACAAUGCUUGUAAUGGCGGGAAUUAAUAUGAAUAUGGUUGUAUGUGGAAUUUUAAUGAGGCCACCACCAAAAUAUGAUCCGGAACCAAUAGAUGAGACAUCAGAGAAUAUUAUGCAGCAAUAUAGUACAGUGGAUUCUGGAGAAGGAAGUUACAGGACCAUGGAAACAUUUGGAAGAGAUGCAUUGGAGGAAACGAACAACGUCUGGUUCUUUUCUCCAAUGUUCAUCACAUCAUGUGCAUGGCUUUUGGCAGGAGUAUCACUAAUGUCUAUACUUGUUGCCAAUAGCAACUACUUAGUACUGGCCUUCAUAGCUGCAAUUUAUGGUAUAUCCAGUGGUACAGCAAUUCCCCUUCAUGGUGCAGUUUGUAUGAAAGCAUGUUUUGGUAAAGAAGACAUGUCAAGUGCAUUUGGCUGGUUUCUGACUUAUAUAAGCAUUGGUGCUAUAUGUGGACCACCUACAGCAGCACCUCUGGUGAGUAGUUUGAAUAAAAAGUUUGGAACCAGAGUAGUAGUGGUGACUGGUGGAAUCAUAUCCAGUAUUGGCUUACUUCUCAGCUCAUUUGCGAACAGUGUGUAUGUCCUUUAUGUAAGCUAUGGUAUCAUUGGAGGUUUUGGAAUUGGAUUAGCUUAUGGUCCUAGUAUUGUCAUUGUUGGCCAGUACUUUAAUAAACGCCAUGCUUUAGCUAACGGGUUGGUUUACGCUGGAGUCGGUAUUGGACUGAUAAUAUUCCCACCCAUAUACCAGUUGUUGAUUAACAAAUAUGGAUGGCGUGGAGCAAUACUUGUGAUAUCUGCCAUUAACAUGAACAUUGUUGUAUGUGGUGUGUUGCUGAGAGAGCCAAGAAUGAAAACCAAUCCUCAGAUAAGAGUCAAAAAAAUGGAAUUCAAUGAGAAAAAAAAGCAGCAAAAUGAAAUAUAUUCACCCGAGCAGCCAUACAUUAUAAAAUUAAGACAGAAAAAUGAUGAGAUAAAUUCAAGAUGCCAAAAUGAGAUUGGAGCCGGGGAAGCUGAGGGUGAAACUUUAUUGUGA